CUCAAAUACCCUCUUCAAAUCUUUAUUUUUUUUGUCCUCCAUUUCCAUAUUGGCCAAUAAAAAUCUUAACUUUCUAUGUUUUUUCACAAUUUUGAGGUUUUAUAAGAAACCCCAUCUCAUUCUUGAUUCAAAAUUUGUUGAAUUUCCCCUUCAUUUAGGUAAAAAUCUCAACUUUUCUAUGUUUUUUUCAUAAUUUUGAGGUUUAUUAAGAAACCCCAUCUCAUUCUUGAUUCAGAUUUGUUGAAUUUCCCCUUUAUUUAAGUAAAAAAUUCAACUUUCCUACGUUUUUCACAAUUUUGAGGUUUAAUAAGAAACCCCAUCUCAUUCUUGUUUCAAAUUUGUUGAAUUUCCCCUUUAUUUAAGUAAAGAUUUCAACUUUGUGCUAGAGAAAUGGAAAAAUUAGAUGAGUCAGGUGUAUUAACUCUUUUAGGGAAGUUUAUGGUGGGGUUAAUUAUAUUUAUGUUUUUAGUGGUGUUUUUUAUAUUCUUAGUUCAUAUUUACACUAAAUGGUUCUUGAAUCGCCGGCGGUAUGUAGAUACCGCCAGCGAUUCUGAUGGCAGUGGGACAAGGAGAAAAGUGAGUGCUAAAGGUCUUGACCCUUUGAUUCUUGAAACAAUUCCUGUAGUUGGAUUUGAUGUUAAUGAAUUCAAAGAUGGGACAUUGGAAUGUACUAUUUGUCUUUGUGAGUUUUCUGAAGGUGAAAAGAUGAGAUUUUUACCAAAAUGUAAUCAUGGAUUUCAUGUUGAUUGUAUUGAUAUGUGGUUUCAAUCUCAUUCCACUUGUCCUCUUUGUCGUAACGCGAUUUCAACGACUGAGGAAUCAUCAUUGGAGAUAGAAGAAGAGGGUUCAGCUUUGGCUUUGGCUUCAGUUGAAACUGAGUUGCCUAUUUUCCCAACCAAUGUGUUGUUUUGGGGAAAUGAGACUCAAGUUAGCACCUUGUGUAAUCCUUGUUUAGACUCGACAGCUUCCACGAGUAAUCGAUCACAUGGAAUGUUGGUGAUUGAUAUUCCAAGGGAGAUAAAUGAAGAAGAAGAAUCAAAAUAUGUAAUGCCUGAAAGAUUGAGACGUUUGAUGAGGCUUUUGAGCGGGGAUAGAAGGGUAUUCAAUCCUUCUAGUUCGCGAAAUGUAGAUAUAGAACAAGGGAGUAGAAGCCCGAGUUAGCAUAGACUCAGAGGCUGAUCCAAGAUUCGAAAUUCUAACAUGUAUAAAGGGAACAAGGAACAAAAUGUCAUUACACCUAUUGCUCCUUUUCAAGAAGUUAGCUUGGUUCAAUUGAUAUAUACAUUUUUUUCUUUUUGUAGAACAUAAGAAGUGGAUAUAUUGUACAUGUAUAAGCACAUUGUUAUAAUAGGCUUCUCUGUAUAAUGUACUAGCUCGAUUUGCUAGAUCAU